AUGGACAUUACAGGAAAUGCAUUUGUUACUGGAGGAGGAAGCGGAAUUGGGAAGGCCUGCAGUCUAGCUUUAGCAAAGGAGGGGGCUAAAGGCAUCCUCGUGGCAGACAUUAACCUUAAGGCUGCUGAAGAAACCAUUGCAGAAGCUACUGCUGUUGCUACUAAUCCUGGUUUUCGUGCCGAGGCGAUUUACCUUGACGUCACAAGCGAAGAAUCGGUCAAACAAACCGUUGCCAAGAUGAUCGAGUCUUUUGGACGUAUUGACUACUGUAUACACUGCGCGGGAACCGGAUUAUGGUCAUAUCGGCCAGUUGACGAAGCUAGCUUCGACGAGUUGAAGAGAUCCCUCGCCGUUCAUGUCCACGGGACCUUCCUUAUAACAAGCCUAAUCUCAGCGGCCAUGAAGUCGCAAGAACUAGUUACAGUUGACUCUGCUCAUCCAGAGCGAGGCGGAACUCGUGGUUCGAUUGUCGUCCUAGGGUCAUCAGCUUCCAUAUUCACAAUACCUCACUUAGUGCCGUAUACUGCGUCGAAGCAUGCUGUGCUGGCAAUUGCUAAGACGGCCGGUAAGUAUCACGACAGAAUAACCCCUUCUAUUUGCCCCAUUUUUUAA